ACCAACUAUACUUUCUCUAUCUUCUCCCCACUUUAUAACAAAUAUGAAUUUUUUCCUGAUCGGCAACUCCACUUUUGGUGAAUCGGAGGGAAGCAUCUCCCUCUAGGACUAGAAGUAGAGUCCUGGUGUCAUUGGGGAAGCUGGAGAAAUUGAAGGUCAAAGGAGUUGCGAACAAGUCAAGUCUACUCCAAAAACCAUUUCCAGAUUUCCGGCAAGCUUGUAAGCAAAUUUCCAGAUUUCGCUAUAGCCGAUUGAAAACCCAUCGCUGUGUCCGAGCCCAUACAAAUCCCUGUUCUCAAUUCAAGCCUCAAGGUUCAAUAGUGCUUCAAUCUUACAAUUAAGCAAUGGAAGCUGGUUUCUCUGCUUGAAUGCAACUCGCUUCUUUUGAAGUGGUUCAAGUUUCCAUAGCUGGGUUAUUUCCCCGUUUCAAUUGUAUUGAAGUACUUGGAGCUCUCAAACUUCAGCUAGACCGGGAACGGAGAGCUAGCAGUGUUGAUACUGGUUAUUGUUGCUAUCUUUAUCUUGUGGGUUCUCAUUGGACCAGGGGUCUGAAGUUCAGUUCAUCAGUGAAAGGGUACAGUUGCUGUUGUUUUGAGCUUUUGAUAGUAAAGGUGAAGCCGUAAGAAGCACACUUUUUGAUUGUUAUAAUGGCUUCAUCAUCGUAUCGGUUUGGUAUUGAACUUCAACAAGUUGAGCAAAGUAUGAUUGACCAAGAGGUGUUGAAGGAGUGCGUCGAUGGAGUUGGAAACCGGACACCUGAGGUAGAAGCCCCUACCCAUCAUUCUCCCACCUUGAUCCAGCUUUUCCCCAAUUUGUCCUAUCGGCUGCCACGCCAGGGAGUGCCAAAUGGUCGUCUAAUCCGCAUUCAAUUGUGGCCUCCUCCUCCGCCCCGUGAUGAUUAUAGGGCUACUGUGAGGUAUAUAGAAUACACAAUAAGUCAACUUAAGAAUGGAAUCGUUUCACAACAAAUGGUAGAUUCGGCUAAGGAAACGGUACGCCGCCUUAGAUCGAAAGGAUAUUCCAACUUAAAUGAGGAUGAAGCAAUCACUCUAAAGGACAGCAUUCACUUCCUUGGUAGGCUAGAAAGCACCCCCUCUUCCUUUAGGAGGAGGUUUCUUAAAUUUGCUGAAGACAUUCCAAGCCGUGUCCGCUGCCUCCGUCAAAUGCAGGAAGCAUUGAUUGAUCAGCCAAAUCUUGUAGAGCAAGAGAGACAAUGCAUAGCCAAAAUUCAGAACAGAAUGCAAGCCCGCGCUCUAAGAAACCAACAGUUUGAUGAGGAAGAAGCGACGGUCACUUGUGAGAGGGCUAAGAGAGAAGAGGAGAAAGAGGUUCUAAUCACCAGAUUGGAGGACAUUCGCCGCAAUUUGUCCUAUCGGCUGCCACGCCAGGGAGUUCCAAAUGGUCGUCUAAUCCGCAUUCAAUUGUGGCCUCCUCCUCCGCCCCGUGAUGAUUAUAGGGCUACUGUGAGGUAUAUAGAAUACACAAUAAGUCAACUUAAGAAUGGAAUCGUUUCACAACAAAUGGUAGAUUCGGCUAAGGAAACGGUACGCCGCCUUAGAUCGAAAGGAUAUUCCAACUUAGAUGAGGAUGAAGCAAUCACUCUAAAGGACAGCAUUCACUUCCUUGGUAGGCUAGAAAGCACCCCCUCUUCCUUUAGGGAGAGGUUUCUUAAACUUGCUGAAGACAUUCCAAGCGGUGUCUGCUGCCUCCGUCAAAUGCAGGAAACAUUGAUUGAUCAGCCAAAUCUUGUAGAGCAAGAGAGACAAUGCAUAGCCGAAAUUCAGAACAGAAUGCAAGCCCACGCUCUAAGAAAUCAACAGUUUGAUGAGGAAGAAGUGACGGUCACUUGUGAGAGGGCUAAGAGAGAAGAGGAGAAAGAGGUUCUAAUCACCAGAUUGGAGGACAUUCGCCGCAUUGUGACUGAAACUUCCACAGCCUUGUCUUAUAUAGAUGGUGGGAGGAUCUGAAUUAAAGUAUGACCAUUUUGCUGCAAAUUGACUUUUUAGUCUUGUAUUGGAUUGUUGGGAGGAUAUGGUUCCCCUUUUUACUGAUCUUUCUAACAUUUGGAUUGUAAUGUUUGGCCGAGUUUGUCUACUGUUUUCUGAGAAAGAAAUGCAUAUAAGAUCACAAACUGGUCUUAUUCGCUGUAUGUUUUUGCACAACUAUGAUAUAAUGUAGUAACAUUUAUUGUUUGA